AUGCUAAUAUCCGCAGUUAUUGGAGAUGGCCUUGAUCAUACAGAUCAACAGAAUCACGAUGUAGAUGAUCCAGUCCCACCAACAAGGCAAGAAUCUACUUUGGAAGAAAACAGCAAGAAAAAUAAUAAGCUGAAGGUAGAAAUUCAAACCAAGAAAGAUAGACAUCGUUAUAAACGGAAACAUGAAGUCAAGUUAGACGGAGAACGUCAGAUAUAUGGACAAGGAAAAUUUGGAAGGGAAUUAUACAAAAAUGUAAGACUCAGAAAGCAUAAAGGACCUAAUGACAAACGAUUUCGAAAAAAAGUUGAUGUAAAUGGACAUUUAAGAGACUAUUCACAGCGGUAUGAAUAUAUUUCACAUGAUCUUGAAGGUGUGGAAAAUGACGAAUUCUCAUUCAAAAAAUGGAUGGAAGAGAAUUCAGAUGCUAAGGUGCAUGAGACUCAGACAGUUGAACACACAAAAAAAGGUGUAAUAUGA